AUUAUUGUGGUCUAUUUGUGCCUCAAACAAAAUAAGUAGAUUGAUAAUUAAUUUUUAAUCGAAGAAAAAGAAAAUUGAAUCAAUCAUUGUCUUUAUUUUGAUGAAAAUACAAAAAAGCCUUAUUAUCAGUGAAUCAUUGUAAAAAAAAAUCAAUUAAUUUUUUUAUUUUCGAAAUGAGUAAUCAACAAAAAUUACCCGGAAAAAUGGAUGAUGAUGAAAUUAUAACCAAAACAAAUGAAACAAUGAAAACAACAAGUGUUAAAACGACAACAAGUCGUCAGAUAACGGCAGAAGAAUUGGCACGAUUACCCGCUGGUUCAUAUACCAUUUCCACCGGUAAUUCUGGUGGUAGCGAUGUUGGCACAACAACAACAACAACACCAGGUAUCACAACAAUUACUAUUGAAAAACAGGGUGAUCCAUUUGUUCUGGAACAAUUAAAUCGUAAUAUUUUACAACAACAAAUUGAUACUCAUCCAUCAUUAACAUCAUCAUCAUUACAACAACAAGCAUCUGCUAUUGGAGCAGCUGCUGGAACAAUAGAAUCAUCAUCAACAUCAUCACGUCUUCCUAAAAUGAAUGAAAAAAUUGUGAUUGAAAGAGCCUUUGAUAAACCACUUACAAAUCAACCACAAGUUAUACAUCAAAAAACAACAAUCACAAAUAUAACUAGUGGUCCAUUAUUGAUGGCUAAAAGUGAUGAUGAUGGUGGUGGUGGUGGCGGUAAUGUCAUGAUCGAUACAACAUCCACGAGAAAUGGAUCAGAUGGUCCAAUAACAACAACGCAGAAAAUAACUAAAACAAUCUUAGAUGGUUCGAACGUAGUGACCACCACUACUACUACAACGACAACAAAUGGUUCUGAUGAUCCAAAUUUGAUGAAACCAGAAGAUUUUAUUAAUCCAGAUCUUCUGACACCAGAACAAGCUGCCAUUCGUAUACAAGCUGCAUUUCGCGGUUAUGAAGUACGAAAAUCAUUAUCACGUGAUCCAUCACCAAAUUCAAUGGAAAAUGCAAAAAAUAAAAAGAAACAAAAAACGAAGCCAAAAUUACUGAAAUCAAUUGAAAAUAAACCACCGCCAGUAUCAUCAGUGGAUGAUAAAGGCAGAAAAUUGGAUGAUAAUCUACAGAUGGCAAUCGAUAAUGCAGCUGAAACUGUUGAUCAAGCAAUAAAAGAUGCUGAAACCGAUGGAAAUUUUAUUGAUCGUUUAUUUGGACGUAAAAAACGUUCAUUGAAAAAAUCAAAUCGACCAGAUGUUUUAAGAAAAAAACGAGAUAUAUCAAUGGAAUCCGAUGUUAAUGUUAAUGUCAAUGAUGAUGAUAAUGAAUUGAAAUUAAAUGUUCACAAUGGUGGUGGAACGGGCAAAAACAAACGAAAAAAAGAAAAAUUAGCAAUGACAAAAAGACAUCAGACAUUGGAUCGGCCACCAAAAAGUCCACAAACAAAAAAAAUUAUUAUAAAACGUAGCCAUUCCCUUGAUAAAAGACCUGUUGAUCAGGAAGAUGAGAUUGAUGAUAGUAAUGAAAAAGAUAUGGAUAUCGAUCAUGAUGAUGAUGAUAGUGGUGGCAAUAUUUUCAAAAGAUUAUUUGGUAGAAAAAAGAAAAAAGAGACACCAACAAAAAUAUCAACAACAACAACAAGUGGUAAUGGUGAACAACCAGAAUUACAAUGGGAAUAUAAAACGGGUGAUAUAAAUGCCGAGAAUGUUGUCGAUAUUGGAAAAUCAAAAGGCGUUGGCCUAAUGAAAAUUGGUUCGAAAAUUAGUCCAAGUGAAACAAAUAUUCUACGUAUUGAAACUAAAUCAUAUUCAGUAAAAGAUCGUGAAGGAAAUGUCUCUGGUAAUUUUAUAAUUGAACAAAAAACUGGUGAUUUUGAUUUGAGGCCUUCUGGUGAUGGUAGUGGUGGUGAUGGUGGAAAAUGGCCCAAAAUGAUUGAAAGUGGUGAUAUAAACGCACGUAAACAUGGAAAACUUGACAUGGAAAUCCAAGACCCAAAUUUAGAUGUGAAUGGAACAACAACCGACCAAACAGCUGAUCGUUCAAAACGUGGAAAAUCUAAAGAUCGUGUCAAUGUAUCAGUUGGUAAAAUUAAACUUGGUGGUGAAGUCAUUGAUUUGAAAAUAACGGAUGAUAAAACAAAUAAAUUUGAUAAAUUCAUAUCGGCAAGAAUGAGUCCAGAACCAGAAGACAUGAGAGUAGAAUCAGGCAAUAUUGAUGUAAAUGUCGAUGGAUCAUUUGGGCUGAAAGAUCGAUUUAGACGUGGAAAAUCUAAAGAAAAAGAACCAAAAUCCAAAAAGGAAACAAAAGAUUUCGAAAUAACAAUGCCAAAAAUUGACCUAAAAGGACCGAAAGGAGAAAUAUCUAGCAGCGGUAUCGAUGUAAAUGUUGGCCAUGUGGAAGUUGAUGCACCAAAAGUUGAAGGUGAUUUAGAUUUGUCAUUGAAAAAGAAACGUGGAAAAUCCAAAGAAAAAGAUGGAAAAAGCUGGGAAUUUGGAAUGCCAAAAUUUGGUUUUAAAGGGCCGAAAGUUUCUGGUCCUGAUGUCGAUGUCAACGUGGAUAUGCCUGAUGUUAAAUUGAAAGCGCCAAAAAUAUCUGGCCCUGAAGUGGAUGUAAAAGGACCAAAAAUAUCUGGCGCUGAUGUUGAUGUGAACGUAGAUUUGCCAGAUGGUGAAAUCGAUUUGAACAUAAGUCCCAAAGAAAAAGAAGGAAAAGAUUGGCAAUUGAAAAUGCCAAAAUUUGGAAUCAAAGGACCUAAAAUAUCAGGCUCAGAUGUUGAUUUGAAAUUGGAAAAGCCCGAAUUGGAUGUAAAAGCACCGAAAGUUGAAGGAGACAUUGAUUUAUCGAUUGAUGGCAAAAAACCAGAAGGCAAAGAUUGGGAAUUUAAAAUGCCAAAACUUGGAUUCAAAGGACCAAAAAUCAGUGGGCCAGAUAUUGAUAUAAAAGGCACAAGUGGAAAAAUUUCUGGACCUGAAGUCAAUGUUGAAAUGCCACAGGUUGAUGUUAAAAUGCCUGAACUUGAAGGUGAUGUUGAUGUAUCGUUGAAAGGCAAAAAACCCGUGAAAGAUGGAAAAGAUUGGGAGAUCAAGAUGCCUAAAUUUGGAUUUAAAAGCCCAAAAGUAUCGGGUCCCGAUGUUGAUGUCAACGUAGAGCUUCCAGAAGGAGAAAUUGAUUUGAAUCUAAGCCCUAAAGAUAAAGAAAAUAAAGAUUGGGAAUUUAAAAUGCCAAAAUUUGGAUUCAAAGGUCCGAAAGUAUCCGGUCCUGAUGUCAAUGUUAAUGUUGAAAUGCCUGAAGUAGAAAUUAAAGGACCAAAAGUUGAAGGCGAUCUAGACGUCGAAUUAAAAGGAAAAUCUCCAGAAAAAGAUGGCAAAGGCUGGGAAUUUCAUAUGCCAAAAUUUGGCUUCAAAGGUCCGAAAACCUCUGGACCAGAAAUAGACAUCAAAGGUCCAAGUGGAAAGAUUUCCAGUCCUGAAAUGGAUGUCAAUGUUGAUUUACCAGAAGUGGAUGUCAAACCACCACAAGUAGAAGGUGACAUCAAUUUAUCAUUGAAGAAAAAACGUGCAAAAUCUAAAGAAAAAGAUGGAAAAGGAUGGGAAUUUAGUAUGCCUAAAUUUGGUUUCAAAGGACCAAAAGUAUCAGGUCCAGAUGCGGAUGUCAAUGUUAAUGUUCCGGAAGUUGAUGUAAAUCUGCCUAAUGUUGAUUUAAAAGCACCAAAUGUUGAAGGUGACAUUAAUCUAUCCAUCGAUGGCAAAAAACCCGAAAGCAAAGAUUGGGAAUUCAAAAUGCCAAAGUUUGGUUUUAAAGGACCGAAAUUAUCUGGUCCGGAUGUUGAAGUGAAAGCGCCAAAAGUGUCGGGUCCUGAUGUGGAUCUAAACGUUGAGAUGCCCGAUGUUAAAGUGAAAGGUCCAAAAGUUGAAGGUGAUAUUGAUCUAUCCAUCGAUGGCAAAAAACCCGAAGGAAAAGAUUGGGAAUUCAAGAUGCCAAAAUUUGGUUUAAAAGGACCGAAAAUAUCUGGACCGAAUGCCGAAAUGAAUGUUGAAGGUACAAAAAUUGAUGUCGAUUUGCCAAAAGUUGAAGGCGAUAUCGAUUUAUCGUUGGAUGGCAAAAAAAUAGAUAAAAAUGACAAAGGAUGGGAUUUUAAAAUGCCCAAGUUUGGCUUCAAAGGUCCGAAAAUCUCUGGGCCAGAUAUAGAUGUCAAAGGAUCAAGUGGGAAAAUUUCUGGCCCAGAAAUCGAAAUAGAUGUUCCACAAAUGAGCGCCCCAAAAGUCGAAGGCGAUAUUGAUUUAUCGAUUGAUGGCAAAAAACCAGAAAGCAAAGAUUGGGAAUUCAAAAUGCCGAAAUUCGGUUUCAAAGGUCCCAAAAUCUCUGGACCGGAUGUUGAUUUGAAAGCGCCAAAAGUGUCGGGUCCUGAUGUCGAUAUAAACGUUGAGAUGCCCGAUGUUAAAGUGAAAGGUCCAAAAGUUGAAGGCGAUAUUGAUCUUUCCAUCGAUGGCAAAAAACCCGAAGGCAAAGAUUGGGAAUUCAAGAUGCCAAAAUUCGGUUUUAAAAGUCCCAAAAUAUCCGGACCUGAAAUCGAUAUUAAAGAUCAUAAAGUUUCAAAACCAGAGGUUGAUGUUGACAUUGAAAUGCCACAGGUUGAUGUUAAGAUGCCCGAACUUGAAAGUGAUGUUGAUGGCAAAAAACCAGAAGGUUGGGAAUUCAAAAUGCCGAAAUUUGGUUUUAAAGGACCGAAAAUAUCUGGUCCAAACGUUGAUGUCAAUGUUGAAUCACCUGAUGUCAAGUUGAAAGGUCCAAAAGUUGAAGGUGAUAUUGAUUUAUCGAUUGAUGGCAAAAAACCCGAAGGAAAAGAUUGGGAAUUCAAGAUGCCAAAAUUUGGAUUUAAGGGGCCGAAAGUUUCUGGUCCUGAUGUCGAUGUAAAUGUAGAAUUACCCGAUGUUGAAGUAAAAGGACCGAAAGUUGAAGGUGAUUUGGAUGUAUCGAUUGAUGGUAAAAAACUAGAUAAAGAUGGUAAAGGUUGGGAUUUGAAAAUGCCGAAAUUCGGUUUCAAAGGUCCCAAAAUCUCUGGACCGAAUGUAGACGUAAAAAGUCCAAGUGGAAAAGUUUCUGGCCCCGAAGUCAAUGUUGAAUUACCAGACGUGAAAUUGAAAAGUCCAAAAGUUGAAGGUGAUAUUGAUUUAUCGAUUGAUGGCAAAAAAACUGAAGAAAAAGAUUGGGAAAUCAAGAUGCCAAAAUUUGGAUUUAAAGGGCCAAAGAUCUCAGGUCCUGAUGUAGAUGUCAAAGGACCGAGUGGAAAAAUAACCGCCCCUGAAAUUGAUGUUAAUGUACCGAAAGUUGAUACCGAUAUUGAAGGAAAUGGCAAUUUUGGCCUAAAAGAUCGAUUUAGACGUGGAAAAUCCAAAGAAAAACCAAGCAUCGAUAUUGAUGUUGAAACCGGAUUGGAUAGUGCGGAAGUAAUUGAUUUAAAUCUAGAUAGCAGCAAAAAAGGUUUCGAAAUCUCACUGCCAUCAUUCGGUAUUAGAUCGAAAGCUGGAUCACCAGAAAUUGAAACAGGAAAUGUCAACAUCAACUUACCAGAAGUAGACGUGAAAACAAAGAAAAAAUUGAAAGAUCAACAUGAUGGUCAAAAAAGUUUUGAAUUUCAUUUUCCAAAAUUUGGAUUCAAAGGCAAAAGUGGAACAUUACCUGCACGUGGUAAAAUCAGCCCAGAAAUCGAUGUAGAUAUGCCUGAUGUAAAAGUGAAAAAAGGUGGCAGUGAUGUCGAUAUUUCAAUGAAAGCUAGUGGUGAUCAAAAAAUUAAAUCACCAAAAACUCGACGUCAUUUUACAUUACCAAGAUUCAAGUUUGGUAUGAAAGGAUCAAGUGGAAAAGUCGGUAGCUUAGAUAAACCGGAAAUCGAUGUUGAUGCUGGAAAAGUUGAUGUAAACAUGCCUGAAAUGAAUAUGCCGGAAGUGCCUAAAGUUGAAGGUGACAUAAAUUUAUCAUUGAAAAAGAAACGUGGAAAAUCUAAAGAAAAAGAUCGUAAAACACCCGAGCCAAAAGAAGGAAAAGAUUGGGAAUUGAAAUUUCCGAAGUUUGGAUUUAAAGGACCGAAAAUCAGUGGUCCAGAUGUGGAUAUCAAAGCACCUGAAAUUGAUGCAGAUGUUGAAAUGCCAAAAAUUGAAGGCGACAUUGAUUUGUCUUUGAGCCCAAGCAAAGAAAAGGACAAGAAACAAAAGGAAGGCAAAGAUUGGGAUUUCCAUAUGCCAAAAUUUGGUUUCAAAGGAUCAAAAGUAUCUGGACCAGAUGUUGAUGUAAAUAUUGAAAUGCCUGACGUCGAAAUAAAAGGACCUAAGGUUGAAGGUGAUUUAGAUGUAUCAAUUGAUGGCAAAAAACUUGAUAAGGAUAGUAAAGGCUGGGAUGUAAAAAUGCCGAAAUUCAGUAUCAAAGGUCCUAAAAUCUCUGGACCUGAUGUCGAUUUGAAAAAGCCAAAAGUUUCUGGACAGGAUGUUGAUUUGAAAGGACCAAAAUUCUCUGGUCCAGAUGUAGAUGUUGAAUUACCAGAUGUUAAAGUGAAAGGUCCGAAAGUUGAAGGCGAUAUUGAUUUAUCAAUUGAUGGUAAAAAACCAGAAGGUAAAGGUUGGGACUUGAAAAUGCCAAAAUUCGGUUUCAAAGGUCCCAAAGUCUCUGGGCCAGAUGUGGAUGUGAAUGUUGAAAUGCCGGAUGUAAAUGUCAAAGCUCCUAAGGUAGAAGGUGAUUUGGAUGUAUCGAUUGAUGGUAAAAAACUAGAUAAAGAUGGUAAAGGUUGGGAUUUGAAAAUGCCAAAAUUCGGUUUCAAAGGUCCUAAAAUCUCUGGACCUGAUGUCGAUUUGAAAGGACCAAAAUUCUCUGGCCCAGACGUUGAUGUCAAUGUCAAUGUUCUUGAUAUAGAUAUCAAAGCGCCUAAAGUCUCUGGACCUGAUGUAGAUGUGAACGUUGAAUUACCCGAUGUGAAAGUGAAAGGUCCGAAGGUUGAUAUUGAUUUAUCGAUUGAUGGUAAAAAACCUGAAGGAAAAGACUGGGAAUUCAAAAUGCCGAAAUUCGGUUUCAAAGGUCCCAAAAUCUCUGGACCAGAUGUAGACGUCAAAGGUCCAAGUGGAACAAUCUCUGGCCCAGAAAUCGAAGUUGAUAUUCCACAAAUGAGCGCACCGAAAGUUGAAGGUGAUUUGGAUGUAUCGAUUGAUGGUAAAAAACUAGAUAAAGAUGGUAAAGGUUGGGAUUUGAAAAUGCCAAAAUUCGGUUUCAAAGGCCCUAAAAUUUCUGGGCCUGAUGUCGAUUUGAAAGGACCAAAAUUCUCUGGUCCAGAAGCUGAUGUCAAUGUUGAUUUACCAGAUGUGAAUGUGAAAAGUCCAAAAGUUGAAGGCGAUAUUGAUUUAUCGAUUGAUGGUAAAAAACCAGAUGGUAAAGAUUGGGAAUUCAAAAUGCCGAAAUUCGGUUUCAAAGGUCCUAAAAUCUCUGGACCUGAUGUCGAUUUGAAAGCGCCAAAAGUCUCAAGUCCAGAUAUGGAUGUGAAUGUUGAAAUGCCACAGGUUGAUGUUAAGAUGCCCGAACUUGAAGGUGACGUUAAUUUGACAAGUGGUAAUGAAAAAUCAGAUAAAGAUAGUGAGGGAUGGAAAUUCAAAAUGCCAAAAUUCGGGUUUAAAGGUCCCAAGAUCUCUGGACCGGAUGUAGAUUUGAAAGGUCCAAAAGUUUCUGGUCCUGAUGUCGAUUUAAAUGUUGAAUUGCAGGAUGUCAAUGUAAAAGGACCAAAAAUCUCUGGCCCUGAUGUUGGUAUCGAUGUGAAAAUGCCUGAAGUUGAAGUUGACACAUCUAAAAUUGAAGGUGAUAUUAAUUUAUCAUUAAAAAAGAAACGAGGAAAAUCAAAAGAAAAAGAUGGUAAAAGUUGGGAUUUUCAUAUGCCUAAGUUCGGAAUAAAAGGACCAAAAGUAUCCAGUCCAGAUGUAGAUGUCAAUGUUGAAAUGCCUGAUGUUGAAUUUGACUUACCCAAAGUUGAAGGUGAUGCUAAUCUUUCGCUGAAAAAGAAACGUGGAAAAUCCAAAGAUAGAGACACUAAAUCACCAGAAAAAGAUGGUAAAGGAUGGGAUUUUCAUAUGCCAAAAUUUAGCUUCAAAGGGCCAAAAGUCUCUGGACCAGAUGUAGAUGUAAAUGUUGAUAUGCCAGAUGCAGAUGUUGAGCUACCAAAAGUUGAAGGCGACAUCAAUUUAUCACUGAAAAAGAAACGUGAUAAAUCCAGGGAAAAAGACCGCGAAACUCCAGAACCUAAAGACAGUAAAGAUUUUGAAUUUCAUAUGCCAAAAUUUGGUUUCAAAGGACCGAAAAUAUCCGGUCCAGAUGUAGAUAUUAAAGGUCCGAGUGGAAAACUAACUGGUCCUGAAAUUGAUAUUGAUGCUCCACAAAUGGAGGUAAAAAUGCCGGAAAUACAAGGUGAUGUCGAUAGUUCGUUGAAAGGUAAAUCGCCAGAAAAAGAUGGCAAAGGUUGGGAUUUGAAAAUGCCGAAAUUCGGAUUCAAAGGUCCGAAAAUCUCAGGUCCAGAUAUCGAUCUCAAAGGACCAAAAGUUUCUGGUCUUGAUGUUGAUCUCGAAGUUCCAAGCGGUGAAAUCCGGGGCCCAGAAAUCGAAAUAGAUGUUCCAAAAAUGAGUGCUCCGAAAAUUGAAAGCGAUAUUGAUUUAUCGAUUGAUGGCAAAAAGCCAGAAGGCAAAGAUUGGGAAUUCAAAAUGCCCAAAUUCGGUUUCAAAGGUCCAAAAAUCUCUGGUCCUGAUGUUGAUUUAAAAGCGCCAAAAGUUUCUGGUCCAGACGUUGAUGUCAACGUUGAUUUACCAGAUGUGAAAGUGAAAGGUCCGAAAGUUGAAGGAGACAUUGAUUUAUCGGUUGAUGGUAAAAAACCCGAAGGAAAAGACUGGGAAUUCAAAAUGCCGAAAUUCGGUUUCAAAGGUCCCAAAAUCUCUGGACCGGAUGUAGAUGUCAAAGGUCCAAGUGGAAAAAUUUCUGGUCCAGAAAUAGAAGUUGAUAUACCACAAAUGAGCGCACCGAAAGUUGAAGGUGAUAUUGAUCUAUCCAUCGAUGGGAAAAAACCCGAAGGCAAAGAUUGGGAAUUCAAGAUGCCGAAAUUCGGUUUUAAAGGGCCAAAAAUAUCUGGUCCUGAUGUUGAUUUAAAAGUUUCUGGUCGUGAUGUCGAUGUGAAUGUUGAAUUACCAGAUGUGGAAGUGAAAGGUCCAAAAGUUGAAGGUAAAUUAGAUGUUUCAAUUGAUGGUAAAAAAGAUGGAAAAGGAUGGGAUUUUAAAAUGCCGAAGUUUGGUUUUAAAGGACCGAAAUUAUCUGGACCUGAUAUCGAUUUGAAAGGACCAAAAGUUUCUGGUCCAGACGUUGAUGUCAAUGUCAAUGCUUCUGAUGUAGAUAUCAAAACGCCAAAAGUCUCUGGUCCUGAUGUAGAUGUUAAAUUACCAGAUGUGAAAUUGAAAGGUCAGAAAGUUUCUGGUCCCGAUGUUGAUGUGUAUGUAGAAAUGCCACAGGUUGAUGUUAAGAUGCCCAAACUUGAAGGUGAAGUUGAUUUGUCAAUUAAUGGUAAAAAACUUGAUAAAAAUAGUAAAGGUUGGGAUUUGAAAAUGCCGAAAUUCGGUUUCAAAGGUCCAAAAAUCUCUGGACCGGAUGUUGAUUUGAAAGGACCAAAAGUCACUGGUCCAGAUGUAGAUGUCAAUGUUGAUUUACCAGAUGUGAAAGUGAAAAGUCCAAAAGUUGAAGGCGAUAUUGAUUUAUCAAUUGAUGGUAAAAAAACAGAAGGUAAAGAUUGGGAAUUCAAAAUGCCAAAAUUCGGUUUCAAAGGUCCCAAAGUCUCUGGACCAGAUGUGGAUGUUGAAAUGCCAGAUGUAAAUGUCAAAGGUCCUAAGGUAGAAGGUGAUUUGGAUGUAUCGAUUGAUGGUAAAAAAGAUGGAAAAGGAUGGGAAUUGAAAAUGCCAAAAUUCGGUUUCAAAGGUCCAAAAAUCUCUGGACCGGAUGUUGAUUUGAAAGGACCAAAAGUCACUGGUCCAGAUGUAGAUGUCAAUGUUGAUUUACCAGAUGUGAAAGUGAAAAGUCCAAAAGUUGAAGGCGAUAUUGAUUUAUCGAUUGAUGGUAAAAAACCAGAUGGUAAAGGUUGGGACUUGAAAAUGCCAAAAUUCGGUUUCAAAGGUCCUAAAAUCUCUGGACCUGAUGUGGAUGCGAAUGUUGAAAUUCCAGAUGUAAAUGUCAAAGGUCCUAAGGUAGAAGGUGAUUUGGAUGCAUCGAUUGAUGGUAAAAAACUAGAUAAAGAUGGUAAAGGUUGGGAUUUGAAAAUGCCAAAAUUCGGCUUCAAAGGUCCGAAAAUCUCAGGUCCAGAUGUCGAUCUCAAAGGACCGAAAAUAUCUGGUCCAGACGUUGAUGUCAACGUUGAUUUACCAGAUGUGAAAGUGAAGGGUCCGAAAGUUGAAGGCGAUAUUGAUUUAUCGAUUGAUGGUAAAAAACCUGAAGGAAAAGACUGGGAAUUCAAAAUGCCUAAAUUUGGUUUCAAAGGUCCUAAAAUCUCUGGACCAGAUGUAGACAUCAAAGGUGCAAGUGGAAAAAUUUCUAGCCCAGAAAUCAAAGUUGAUACUCCACAAAUGAGCGCACCGAAAGUUGAAGGUGAUUUGGAUGUAUCGAUUGAUGGUAAAAAACUAGAUAAAGAUGGUAAAGGUUGGGAUUUGAAAAUGCCGAAAUUCGGUUUCAAAGGUCCCAAAGUCUCUGGGCCAGACGUAGAUGUGAAUGUUGGAAUUCCAGAUGUAAAUGUCAAAGCUCCUAAGGUAGAAGGUGAUUUGGAUGUAUCGAUUGAUGGUAAAAAACUAGAUAAAGAUGGUAAAGGUUGGGAUUUGAAAAUGCCAAAAUUCGGUUUCAAAGGUCCUAAAAUCUCUGGACCUGAUGUCGAUUUGAAAGGACCAAAAUUCUCUGGCCCAGACGUUGAUGUCAAUGUCAAUGUUCCUGAUAUAGAUGUCAAAGCGCCUAAAGUAGAUGCACCUGAUUUAGAUGUGAACGUUGAAUUACCCGAUGUGAAAGUGAAAGGUCCGAAGGUUGAUAUUGAUUUAUCGAUUGAUGGUAAAAAACCUGAAGGAAAAGACUGGGAAUUCAAAAUGCCAAAAUUCGGUUUCAAAGGUCCCAAAAUCUCUGGACCAGAUGUAGACGUCCAAGGUGCAAGUGGAAAAAUUUCUAGCCCAGAAAUCAAAGUUGAUAUUCCACAAAUGAGCGCACCGAAAGUUGAAGGUGAUUUGGAUGUAUCGAUUGAUGGUAAAAAACUAGAUAAAGAUGGUAAAGGUUGGGACUUGAAAAUGCCAAAAUUCGGUUUCAAAGGCCCUAAAAUUUCUGGGCCUGAUGUCGAUUUGAAAGGACCAAAAUUCUCUGGUCCAGAAGCUGAUGUCAAUGUUGAUUUACCAGAUGUGAAUGUGAAAAGUCCGAAAGUCGAUGGCGAUUUAGAUGUUACAAUUGAUGGUAAAAAAGAUGGAAAAGGGUGGGAUUUUAAAAUGCCGAAGUUUGGUUUUAUAGGACCGAAAAUAUCUGGUCCUGAUGUUGAUUUAAAAGCGCCAGAAGUUUCUGGUCCUGAUGUCGAUGUGAAUGUUGAAUCAUCUGAUAUCAAGUUGAAAGGUCCAAAAGUUGAAGGUGAAUUCGAUUUGUCAAUAGAUAAAAAACAGGAUAAAGAAGGCAAAGGUUGGGAAUUUCAUAUGCCGAAAUUUGGCUUCAAAGGUCACAAAAUCUCUGGGCCAGAUGUAGACGUCAAAGGUCCAAGUGGAAAAAUUUCUGGUCCAGAAAUCGAAGUUGUUAUUCCACAAAUGAGCGCACCAAAAGUUGAAGGUGAUUUAGAUGUUUCGAUCGAUACAAAAAAACCAGAUAAAGAGAGUAAAGGUUGGGAAUUUCAUAUGCCAAAGUUUGGUCUUAAAGGUCCAAAAAUAUCCGGUCCGGAGGUAACUAUGCCUGAUGUUGAUGUAAAAGGUCCAAAAGUCGAAGGUACCGAUAUUGAUUUAACAUUGUCUCCGAACAAAGAUCCUAAAUCAAAAGACGGUAAAGAAUGGGAAUUUCAUUUGCCUAAAUUUGGUUUCAAAAGUCCAAGUGAUAAAAUCAGAGGGCCAGAUGUUCCAGAAGCAAAACCGCUUGAAGGAGAAAUUGAUAUUCAUGGACCAAGAUUAAAACGUGGAAAAUCUGAAGAAAAAGAUGUUCGUACAUCAUCAUCACCAUCAAAAGAUAAAGAAUCACGUAGUUUUCAUUUUACUUUACCAAGAUUUCGUUUGAAAAGUAAAAGUCCAAAAGCAAAAUUGACCGCUUCUUCACUGUCAGCUGAAGCACCAGACAUUGAAUCGCCAGAAAUAUCUAUAAAAGGAAAGAAAAAAUUAAAACCAAGUGAUCGAUCAGCAACAUUACCUGCUGGUGAUAUUGAAGAAUCUGUUGAAAGUAAAACUGGUACCUUAACGUUUGGUCUUCGAAGUCCAUUAAGACGUGCAAAAUCCAAAUCCAAAUCACCUGAAACAAAGAAAAAAUUAGAUAAUAUUGAAAUCGAUAUUGAAAGUCGAAUUGAUAAACCAAUUGAAGUUAUUGAUUUGGAUAUUCGUGAUAAACGAUCAAAAUCCCGUGAUCGUGAUGUUCAAACUUCAUCACCACCAACAACAACUGAUCAAUCAAGUGAUGGAAAAGGAUUUGAUAUUCAUUUGCCAAAAUUUGGCGUUAAAUCACCGGAAAAAACGAGUGAAAUUAAUGUGAGUGCUGGUGAUGUUGAUAUAAAAACCGAAAUCGAAAAGAAAGAUCUAAAACCGAAACGUAGUAAAUCAAAAGAAAAAGAACCAAAAGAUAAAAAGAAAAAAGAUGACGAUGAAAAAGAUGGUGAUGAACACAAGAAGCCAAAAGAUUUGGAUACAGCAUUCAUUGAAGCGAUUGAAACAUUAGAAUCAGGUAGCAAAGAUCGAUCAACAGGAUUGAAAUUUCCAAAAUUAAGUUUUAAACGUCGCGAUAAACGUGAUGCAAAUUAUGAUGACGAUAGUCGUGGUAAAUCACCAACACCUGGUAAAGAACCAACAAAUAAUGAUGAAGAAAAAGAAAAGAAAAAAACACGUAAAUCAAAAUCACCAAAAGAAAGAGAUGUCGUUGAUCAAACUACAAAAUCACAAGAUUUUAAUGAAAAAGUUCCCAGCAUAUCAACAGCUAUUUAUGGAAAAUUUUCUGGAAAACAAAAAAUUCCAGAAGGAAGCUCAGGAAUAACAAUGCCAGGAUUGGGCCGAACAGAUAAAGAUAAACAAGAAUUUUUAAAAGCAUAUCCACCAAUAAAAUCGGAAGAUGCUGAUGAAAAAAUUAUCAUUCGUUUUGUAUUGCUGAAGUCCGGUAACAAUGAACAACCAUUGGAAGAAGUUCGAUUGGAUUCGACAAAAUCUGAAAAACAAAUCAAAGAAGCUAUACGUUCGGCUAUUCAAUCUGCCAUUUCGAAACCACUCACUGACCAGCAACAAACAAAAAUUCUUGCCCGUGUUAUUCGUGUGAAAUCAGAUGGUGAAAAAUUUCUUAAAGAAUACGAAAUUGAUCCAAAAAAUUCGGCAGUUUUAGAUGAUGUACAACAGGCAUUGAUAUCAACAAAACCAACGAUGAUGAUGAUGAUGAAACCAAGUGAAUCAUCAGAUGAUCAGACUGAAAAAAUCAUACUCCAGUCAUUGGCAAUCAAACCGAAAAAUGGUAAAGAAGAAAAAAUCGAUAGUAUUGAAUUGUCAGCGAGAAAUUCAGAUCAAGAAAUCAAAGACAUUCUUUGUAAAUUGAUUGAAAAAUCUUUACCGAAAACUACAAAUGAAGCAGAUACAACGGUGGUCAUAAUCAGAAUGAUUGCCAUUAAACCAAAUGGUAAUGAGAAAAUUAUGGAAGAAUUUCGUUUGGAACCGAAACAUUCACCCAAAGAAACAAUGGAAAAAAUUUCACCAAAAAUUUUUAAACCAUUACGAGCACUAUCUAUUGAUAGAAAAAGACCGAAUAAAAUUAUUCGAAUCAUUCUACGUAAACCAAAUGGUGAUGAACAAGUCGACGAUCUAAUUAUUGAUCCAAAAACUAGCGCCAAAGAUAUUGAUGAUCUUAUCAAAGAUAGUAUCGAACGGAAAUUACCACAAAUCAAAAAAAUUGAUACAAAAAUCAUCACCAGAAUUAUUGAUUUAAAACCUGGUGAAGAAGAAUCAAUGGAAGAAUUUGAAAUUCAGCCAGAAAUAGCCGAGAAAAAUCUUGAUGAUGCAAUCAAGCGGGCACCACGUAUACGAUCAUCAAAGAAAAAAGAUUCCUACGGAAGAAUAAUAACGAAAAUUUUCAAACGUAAACCAGAUGGAAAAGAAAGUGUCGAAGAAAUCAUUGAAGAUCCUAAAAUGACUGGCAAAGAUAUUGGGGAUGACCAUCAAUUCGGUUUCCCAAGUUUUAGAUUUAAAUUGCCAGAAUUUGGUUGGCAAUCAUUGGAUAGCGUGGAAAAAGAUGUGAAAAAACCAAAGAAAAUCAUACGUAUUAUAUUGAAAACUCCGAAUGGACAUGAAACAAUUGAUGAUCAAUAUAUUGAUCCUGAUACCGAUGUGAAACAAGUGGAAAAAUUGUUGAUGGAAAAAAUCCAUUCCAAACUAUCGGAUGUUCCGGAUUCACAAACAAAAAUCAUUGGUAAAAUAAUUGAUUUGAAACCAGGUGACAAGGAAACUAUCGAAGAAUUUGAACUUGAUUCAGAUAUAGCAAAAAAAGAUUUGAAAAAUGUUCUCGAACAAACGCCAAGAACAAAAACAACGAAACAAAAAGAUCCAUUGGGAAGAAUUAUAACGAAAAUUUUCCGUCGAAAACCAGAUGGUAAAGAAACCAUUGAAGAACAUCUGGAAGAUCCAAAAGAAACUGGUCGUGAUAUUGGUGAUGAUACACUUGGUUUUCCAAGUUUUAAAAUUAAAAUGCCUGAAUUUGGUUGGCGAUCCGAUAGCGUGGAAAAAGAUUCGAAAAAACCAAAGAAAAUCUUGAGAAUUGUUUUACGAAAACCCGAUGGUAAUGAAAUUGUCGACGAUUUGUUGGUUGAUCCACAAACCAGCCCGAAAGAUGUUGAUCGAAUGAUCAAGGAACGAAUCAAAGCGAAAUUACCAGAAAUUAAAGAUUCAAAUACAAUGAUUAUUGGUAAAGUAAUCGAUUUGAAACCUGGUGAUGAAGAGAAAAUCGAAGAAUUUGAAGCCGACUUAGAAUCAGCUAAAAAGAAUUUGGAUGAUGCAAUUAAACGUGCACCAAAACAGAAAACAAUCAAAAAGAAAGAUUCAUUGGGUAAAAUUAUAACGAAAAUUUUUCGACGAAAACCUGAUGGUAAAGAAACGAUCGAAGAAUUUGUCGAGGAUCCUAAACAAACGGGUAAAGAUAUUGGUGAUGAUAUAUUUGCACAACUGGAUAAAUUUCGAACCGAAAUACCCGAAUUGAUUCUACACAAACAAAUAGAUGAUCCAAAAAAACCACGGAAAAUUAUUCGAGUCCUAAUACAAAAACCAAAUGGUGAUGAAUCCAUUGAAGAUGUUGUUGUUGAUCUGAAAACCAAUCCAAAAGAUGUGGAUAAAAUUUUAAAGGAUUUAUUACAGAAAAAAUUGCCUGAAAUCAAAGAACCAAAUGCAAAAAUUAUUUGCAAAAUAAUUGAUUUGAAACCUGGUGAAGAAGAAACAACCGAAGAAUUCGAGACUGAUUCAGAAAUGGCACGAAAAAAUCUGGAAGAUGCAAUGAAAAAAGCACCACGAAAAAAAACAACAAAAAAGAAGGAUCCAUUGGGUAAAAUCAUCACGAAAAUUUUCAAACGUAAACCAGACGGCAAAGAAAUGGUCGAAGAAUUUGUUGAAGAUCCAAAAAUUACCGGUCGAGAAAUUGGUGAUGAAACGAUGGGUGUUCCGGAUAAAUUCAAAAUCAAAAAGCCUGAAUUAUUCAGCAAAAGUGGUGAUGAUGACCACGAUAAAGCAAAACAAAAACAACCGAAAAAAAUUAUUCGAAUCAUUUUGAGAAAACCAAAUGGUGAUGAACAAGUGGAAGAUUUGCACAUCGAUCCGGGCACUAGUGGAAAAGAUGUAGAAAAAGCGAUAAAAGAUGAGAUUCAGAAGAAAUUACCACAAAUCAAAGAUCCUAAUAUGAAAAUUAUCAGCAAAAUUAUCGAUACGAAACCUGGUGAAGAAGAAUCGGUUGAAGAAUUUGAAACUGAUCCAGAAACAGCCAGGAAAAAUCUCGACGAUGCCAUAAAAAAAGCACCACGAACCAAAACAUCAAAAAAGAAAGAUUCAUUAGGGAAAAUUAUCACCAAGGUUUUCAAAAGAAAACCAGAUGGAAAAGAAACAGUUGAAGAGUUCAUUGAAGAUCCAAAAGUUACUGGCAAAGAUAUCGGUGAUGAUGAUACGAUCGGUAAACUUCCCGAAGAAUUAAAAAGAGAUGCCGGAAGUUUUGGGAAACCACUAGAGAACAUUAGAAAACGACCAAAGAAAAUUAUUCGAAUCAUAAUACAAAAACCAAAUGGUGAUGAAUCCAUUGAAGAUGUUGUUGUUGAUCAUGAAACCAAUCCAAAAGAUGUGGAUAAAAUUUUCAAAGGAUUUAUUACAGAAAAAUUGCCUGAAAUCAAAGACCAAAACAAAAUCGUAUUUCGCAAAAUAAUUGAUUUGAAACCAGGUGAAGAAGAAACAACCGAAGAAUUCGAGACUGAUUCAGAAAUGGCACGAAAAUCUGGAAGAUGCAAUGAAAAAGCACCACGAAAAAAAACAACAAAAAAGAAGGAUCCAUUUGGUAAAAUCAUCACGAAAAUUUUCAAACGUAAACCAGACGGCAAAGAAAUGGUCGAAGAAUUUGUUGAAGAUCCAAAAAUUACCGGUCGAGAAAUUGGUGAUGAAACGAUGGGUGUUCCGGAUAAAUUCAUAAUCAAAAAGCCAGAAUUAUUCAACAAAAGUGGUGAUGAUGACCAUGAUAAAGCAAAACAAAAACAACCGAAAAAAAUUAUUCGAAUCAUUUUGAGAAAACCUAAUGGUGAUGAACAAGUGGAAGAUUUGCACAUCGAUCCGGGCACUAGUGGAAAAGAUGUAGAAAAAGCGAUAAAAGAUGAGAUUCAGAAGAAAUUACCACAAAUCAAAGAUCCUAAUAUGAAAAUUAUCAGCAAAAUUAUCGAUACGAAACCUGGUGAAGAAGAAUCGGUUGAAGAAUUUGAAACUGACCCAGAAACAGCCAGGAAAAAUCUCGACGAUGCCAUAAAAAAAGCACCACGAACCAAAACAUCAAAAAAGAAAGAUUCAUUAGGGAAAAUUAUCACCAAGGUUUUCAAAAGAAAACCAGAUGGAAAAGAAACAGUUGAAGAGUUCAUUGAAGAUCCAAAAGUUACUGGCAAAGAUAUCGGUGAUGAUGAUACGAUCGGUAAACUUCCCGAAGAAUUAAAAAAAGAGAUGCCGGAAGUUUUUGGGAAACCACUAGAGAACAUUAGAGAAAAACGACCAAAGAAAAUUAUUCGAAUCAUUCUUCGUAAACCAAAUGGCGAUGAAUCAAUCGAAGAUGUUGAAGUCGAUCAUGCAACCAGUCCAAAAGAUGUAGAUAAAGCAAUCAAAGAUGCCAUUCAGAAAAAAUUGCCCGAUAUCAAAGAUCCAAAAACGCAAAUCGUCUCGAAAGUAAUCGACAUCAAACCAGGUGAAGAAGAAACGACCGAAGAAUUCGAAACUGACCCAGAAACAGCACGAAAAAAUCUGGAUGAUGUAAUGGAAAAAGCGCCACGAAAGAAAACAACAAAAAAGAAAGAUCCAUUGGGUAAAAUCAUUACGAAAAUUUUCAAACUUAAACCAGAUGGCAAAGAAACUGUUGAAGAAUUUGUUGAAGACCCAAAAAUGACUGGCAAAGAUAUUGGCGAUGGCGACAUGCCAAAACCAAUAAGUGAAUCAGUGACCCGAAUGACCGAUCCAACUGGAAAGACAACCACACGAAUCGUUCGUGAAAUGCCUGAUGGAACGAAAUCCAUACAAGAAAUCAUUGAAGAACCUGAAAAGAAAGUUACCACUGAAAAACUUGAAUCGAUCGAACGGAAACCAGAAAAAGAAAAAUCAGCUGCAACUGAACUUUCGAAACGACCAAAAAGUCCAAAAGAUGAUCCGGCUAAACAAAAAUCUGCUAUUCUUCGAAAAUCAAAAUCACCAGAAAAACCUGAUGUUGAUACAAAGAAAAAGAAAUCGAAAAAAAUAAUUCGAGUCGUUCUACGAAAACCAAACGGUGAAGAAUCAAUAGAAGAUGUAGCUAUUGAUCAAAAGGCAACACCAAAAGAUGUCGAUAAAGCAAUGAAAGAUGCAUUGAAAAGAAAACUAUCACAAAUCAAAGAUCCGAAAACAAAAAUCAUCACUCAAAUAAUUGAUUCGAAACCUGGUGAAAUGGAAUCAAUUGAAGAAUUUGAGACUGAUCCAGAAAUUGUCAAGAAAAAUCUUAAUGAUGUUCUUAAAAAAGCAGUGCUAACAAAAAUUACCAAGAAUAAAGAUCCAUCAGGUAAAAUUCGUAUUCAAAUAUUCAAAAGAAAACCUGAUGGUAAAGAAAUUCAUGAAGAAUAUGUUGAAGAUCCAAAAGUAACCGGCAAAGACAUUGGUGAUGAUGAUACUUUGGGUAAAUUGCCUGAUGAAUUACAAAAGAAAAUGUCCGAAAUCAUGGGAAAAUUUGAUGGUAAAAUCCAAGAACCUGAAAAGAAAGAUGAACCUCAUCAUCAUCCAGAGAAAGUAAAAUCAUCCAUUCCUGAAGUUUCAUCAAAAAAACCAGAUAGUCCGAAACAAAAACCAUCUACAUUGCCUGAAAUGUUAAAAUCAUCUGAUGUUGUCGAUGAUGAACAUUCGAAACAAAAGAAACCGAAAAAAAUAAUAAGAAUUAUUCUACGAAAACCAAAUGGUGAUGAACAAGUGGAAGAUUUAUUGAUUGAUGCCGAUACCAAACCAGAAGACGUAGAUGAAACAAUUAAAGAAUUGAAAAAAUCAUUGAAUAAAAUUGAUGAUCCUGCGAAUGCAAAAAUCAUAACCAAAAUCAUCGACAAAAAACCAGGUGAAGAAGAAACAACCGAGGAAUUUGAAACUGAUUCUGAAUCAGUGAAAAAAAAUCUGGAUGAAGUGAUGAAAAAAGCGCCAAGAACAAAGAUAACGAAACGGAAAGAUCCAUUUGGUAAAAUUAUAACAAAAAUUCUGCGACGAAAACCAAAUGGUGAAGAAGAAACAGUGGAAGAAUUCAUUGAGGAUCCAAAACAAACGGGCAAAGAUAUUGGAGAUGAUGACGAUAUAGAUCGUCUUCGUAUUGAACCGAAAAUAUCAACACAACCAGCUAAACGUAUUGGAUUCGAUGGAAAAAUGCCUAAAAAAAUUAUUCGAAUAAUUCUACGAAAACCAAAUGGUGAUGAAUCAGUGGAACAAUUGUUUUUGGAUCCCAGCACACGACCUGAAGAUGUUGAUGAUACAAUGAAAGAAGAAAUUCAAAACGCAAUGAAUAAAAUUGAUGAUCCAAAUACACGAAUUAUCGUUAAAAUAAUUGAUUCAAAACCAUGUGAUGAAGAAUCGAUCGAAGAAUUCGAAACUGAUCCUGAAUCAUUGAAAACGAACAUUAAUGAAGCGAUUAGAAAAUUGCCGCGAACAAAAACCAAUCGCAAAAAGAAUCAAAUGGGUAAAAUUGUUACGAAAAUUUUUCGACGAAAACCAGAUGGUAAAGAAGAAAUUAUCGAUGAAUUUGUUGAAGAUCCAAAACAAACUGGUAAAGAUAUUGGCGAUGACGACAUUCCGAAACCAAUUAUUGAAUCGAUGAGCAAAUUGGUCGAUCCAACAGGCAGUCGUCCACUUGAUUCCGAAAUGGCUAAAAUGCCUGAAAUAUUAAAACGUUUUGAUGUGAAAGAACAAAGAGAAAAACGACCAAAGAAAAUUAUUCGAAUCAUCCUUCGUAAACCAAAUGGGGAUGAAUCAAUCGAAGAUGUUGAAAUCAAUCCUGCAACCAGUCCUAAAGAUGUCGAUAAAGCAAUUAAAGAUGCCAUUCAGAAAAAAUUGCCCGAUAUCAAAGAUCCAAAAACGCAAAUCGUCUCGAAAGUAAUCGACACCAAACCAGGUGAAGAAGAAACGACCGAAGAAUUCGAAACUGACCCAGAAACAGCACGAAAAAAUCUGGAUGAUGUAAUGGAAAAAGCGCCACGAAAGAAAACAACAAAAAAGAAAGAUCCAUUGGGUAAAAUCAUUACGAAAAUUUUCAAACGUAAACCAGAUGGCAAAGAAACUGUUGAAGAAUUCGUUGAAGAUCCAAAAGUGACUGGCAAAGACAUUGGUGAUGACGCCAUGCCAAAACCAAUAAGUGAAUCAGUGACCCGAAUGACCGAUCCAACUGGAAAGACAACCACACGAAUCGUUCGUGAAAUGCCUGAUGGAACAAAAUCCAUACAAGAAAUCAUUGAAGAACCUGAAAAGAAAGAUGAAUUAAAACCAAAGAAAAUGGAAGGCCGGCAUGAUGAGAAACCUUCACCGAAAGAUACUGUUGACAUCGUUUUAGGUCAAUUUUCUGAUCAACCAUCGAAAGAGACCAUUAGAACGUUGGAAGAGUUAUCGAAACCAUUACCAGAUGAUAUUCGUGAAGGUGAACAAAAAUCAACAAAAACAACACCAACUGCAGUUAUGGAGAAACCAUUUGGAUCAAUAACAAUGUCCACUGAUCAUCCAUCACAAUUACCAUCAUUUGAACCAAUGGAUACUAAGGCAACUACUAAAACAUCAUCAAUUGACAAACCUACUAAAAGUGCAACAGCAGCUCCAACAUUGAUCUCGCCACAGAAACCGAUCAUCGACGAUAAUAAAGAACAAAAACAAGUUACACAAUCGAUGCUGCCAGAUGUAGAGAAAUUUGCCGAUCCAGAUAAAAUGAUUAUCGUUGCUGAACAAAAAGAACCACAAAUUCAACAAAAGAAACACGCAGAACAAACGAAAGAAUUACCUCGACAAUCAUCAGCUAUAACUGGUGACGAUGAUGAUGAAUGGAUUAAAUGUUUACAAUCUGAAAUCGUGCAUGAGGAUAUUGAAAAAGAAAAGGUUAAAAAAGUGAUGGAAACUGCUUCAAAACCAUUGGAGAAGAAAUCUGUAAAAGUUGUACUUAUGAAACCAGAUGGCCAAGAAACAAUGGAAGAAGUGGAAAUUGAUUCCCACACUGAUCCACGUGAUAUGAAUGAAGCUGUCAAAAAAGUUUUACAAAAAUUAUUGCCCAAAGCCAAGGAAAUACCAAUGACCAAAAUUGUUGCACGGCUUUGUCGACAAAAAUCUACUGAUGAAUGUAUUGAAGAAUUCGAAACUGAUGUUGAUAAUUUGAACAAUAUUGAAAAUUUCGAUGAAAUCAUCAAGAAUAUACCGAAAACAACGAUCAAACGAAUUAAAGAUCCACGUGGAAAUAUCAUCACUAGAGUGAUAAAAGAAGAUCCUGAUGGUACAAAAUUGAUUGAAGAAUCUAUUGAUGAUCCAAAAACACCAGCCGGGCAUAUUGAUCCGGUUUGUGAAGAAAUUAUUCGACCAAAACGUUUUGUACCAAAAUUUUAUGAUGAUAAUGAUGAAGGAAUAUUGAAUCCAAUUGUAGAAGAAUUGCCUAUGGAUGAAGAAUCGGACAAACGAAUAUUCGAUGAACCUUCGAAGAAACCAGACAUGAAAGAAUCAUCGUCUGUAAAACCAGCACCAAAACCAGAAGAUACAAAAGAUGAUAAUAAAGAAUCUGAAACAAAACCGAUUGAUGAAAAAGCUGUACCAAAAGAUUUAUCCGUUUCAGCAGAUAUAAAAGAGCCACAAAAACUUGUUGCUGGAGUUAUUUAUGAUGAUGAUGACAAUGAAGAGAAAAUAGAAAAACCAAUAGAUGACAUUGGUAGUAGCAAACAUUCAGGUGAUAUAACAACUGAUCAACAUCCUGAAAAAGUAGAAACGCAAAAAGCAGAUAACUUAAUUGAAAAAGAUCAAAAAUCGUUGAAUGAUGAUGGAUCAAUAAGCAUGAAACCAGAAAAAGAAUCUUUUAUUAAACCAGAUAAUCAAACUAAACCUGGAGAUAAAACUAUUGUAACUGGUAUAUCAACAACUGAAAAACCAUUGAAUGAUCAGACAGCCACUACUGCUCAACCUGAUGAUAAAAAAUCAAGUAAUCUGUUGAAACCUGGUGAUGACAAAAUAUCAUCAUCAGAAUUGUCAAAGAAAGCUGUCGAUGAAAUGAUGAAACCUUCUGAUAAGCCUGAAGAUCAAAUUCAUUUAAAACCAAUGGAUGAUGUGAAAGAAUCAACGAAAACUAAACAAGAAAAAUUUGAAGAAAUUAAAGUUUCAAAAUCUGAAAAUAAAAAACCUGAAAUAUUGGAUAAACCAGAAGAAAAGACUGAAUCAGCCGAUGAUGAUGUUAAACCAAUUGAUGAUGGGAAAAAGCUUGACAAACCUAAAGAUGAACACGCCAAACAACCAACAAAUCAAAUAAAAACGACGGAUAAACCAUUCAUUGAUGACAAAAAACCCGAUAGCAUUGAAAUUCAAUCAAAAGAUUUGAUUUCUAUACCUAGUGAUGAUGAUGAAUCAAGAAAAAAACCAGCUGACGACAAACCAACAAAAGCUGAUGAGGAGAAACCAAAAAAACCAGAUGAUAAAUCUGAUAACAGUAAAUCGAUAUCGCAGCCAAUUGUUGAAACCAUUGUUGCAGACCAAAAACCAGUAAAAGAUUUCAGUAAGGUGUCAUCAAAAACAGUUAAAGAUGAACCAAAACAAAUAAAAUCAGAUGAGCCAUCCAUUGGUCAUGAUGAUGGUGAUAAACGUAAACCAUCAAAACAAUUGGAACAGCCUGAAAUUAUCAAACGUACAGCAUUGAAUGAACCAGAACAGCUAAAGAAACAAGAGCCAAUUAGUAGUGAUGGUCGACAAAUUGAUCCAAAAUCUUUGAAUGAAUUUGAUGAAAUGGCCGGCAAAAAACCUCAAUCAUGUAUACCUCAGCAAACAUCCCGAUCAAGUCCAGAAAGUGAACCAUCGGUAACACAACAAUCGGAUACAACAACAACAACAAAACCUGGUGUUGUUGUCAAAGAUUACAAAGGUAAUAUUGUCUGUGAAUAUAUGGGUAAACCUGGUGACAUUGAUGUCAAACCUGUGAAAACAAUCGAAAAAGAAGACUCGACAAUUACACGGGCAUUUAGUCCUGAUAAAGAUGGAAAAGAUGAUCUAAUUAAAAUACAAGUGAAACCAUUUGAAGAAAAAAUUACCCGUGCAUUUAGUCCAGAAAAACAGGAGAAAUUAUCGAGUGAAAAAACAAUUGAACCAACAUCGAAAGUAUUGCAACCUGUUGAUGACAAAAUUACCCGUGCUUUUAGUUCAGAAAAGGAUGAUGCUGAAAAAGAUGAUUGGAUUGAAGGUUUAAAAUCCGAUAUAUUACCAUCCACUGAUGAAGAUGAAACAAGUAAAAAAUCACCGAAAAAAGAUGAUCCAUCAAAAGAAAGAUUUAGUCCAACAAAAUCACCAAUCGAUGAUAAAAUUGGUAAACGAGAUGAGCCUUCUGAUCAACCUGAUGAUGACGAUGAUGAACCGGUUGAAGAAAUGACCAUUGAUCCAAAACAGCCACAAAAACAAGCUAAUGAUAUUGUCGCAAAAACUAAAAAAGCUAAAGAUCCAAACAAACGUCUUAUCAUCCGUUUCAUUAUACGACGACCUGAUGGUGAAUCAAUUGAAGAGAUGGAUAUUGAUCCACAAACACCCGAUGAAGAUAUUGAUCAAAUUAUUCGCGAUCUUUUACAAGAUAUGCCAUCUAAGAUUAAAGAUCCGAAAAAAGAUAAAAUUAUCUUCAAAAUUUUUAAACGUCGACAACAUGAACCAACUGAAGAUGAAUCGAUUGGUGAAUUUGAUAUUGAUCCAAAAAAUCCGGAACGAAUAGCUGAAGAAAUUAUUACAAAGACAAUAAAACCGGAAAAAGCCCAAUCAAUGAAAGAUCCAAAACAAAAGGUUGUACUACGAUUUGUAAUCGUUAAACCGGAUGGUAGUCAAGCAAUUGAAGAUCGUAUCGUUGAUCCCUCUGCAUCCGACAAACAAGUUGAUGAAAUUGUUCGUGAAAUACUACGGCAAGCACCGAAAAAACUGAAAGAUCCAAAAGAUAAACUAAAGUUCAAAGUUCUUCGACGAAAACCAAAAAUUAAAAAUGAUCAACAAAUGAUUGGAUCGAAAACAACAGCUUCGGAUCCAUUGAGAAAAGAUAAACCGGAAACUCAUCAAUCUGAACUAGCAGAUUUGAUGAAAUCAGCUGAUGAUGAAGAUGAACCGGUAGAUGAAAUUGAUAUUGAUCCAAAACAACCAGAAAAAAAUGUCGAUGAAAUUAUUAAAAAGACAACAAAAUCAAAAGAACCAAAUAAACGUAUUGUAAUUCGUUUCGUUGUAAGAUCAUUGGAAGGAACAUCAAUCGAAGAAAUGGAUAUCGAUCCAGAAACACCUGAUGAAGAUAUUGAUCAAAUUAUUCGUGAACUUUUACGUGAUGCUCCGACACGCGUUAAAGAUCCAGAAAAUGAUAAAAUUUCAUUUAAAAUUCUUAAACGUAAACAAAGUGCACCGACCGAAGAUGAACAAAUCGGUGAAUUUGAUAUCGAUCCGAAAAAUCCAGAACGAAUAGCUAAUGAAAUCAUCAAAAAGGCAAUAAAACCGGAAAAAUCCCAAUCAAAGAAAGAUCCAAAACAAAAAAUUGUACUGCGAUUUGUAAUCGUUAAACCGGAUGGUAGUCAAGCAAUUGAAGAUCGUGUUAUGGAUCCUGAUACAUGUGAUAAAGAUGCUGAUGAAAUUAUUCGAGAAAUUCUUCGGCAAACACCGAAAAAAUUACGUCAUCCAAACGAUCGAUCAAUUUUCCGUGUUCUUCGACGAAAACCAAUCAAAGAUGUAUCUGAUGCUACAAAACCGGAACCGAAAUCGGCUGAAUCUAAAAUUCUAAUGAAAAAAGAUGCGAAAAAAGCAAUGGAAAAUCAAAAAUUUCCCAAACAAGAGCUUGAACAAGAAGUGGAAGAAGAAAUAGAGGAGGAAGAAGGACCAACUGACGAUGAACCAGUUGAAGAAUUCGAUAUCGAUCAAAAAUCACCAAUGAAAAAUGUCGCUGAAAUUGUAGGUAAAACAAUAAAUGCGAAAGAACCAGGCAAACGUGUUGUUUUACGUUUUAUAAUUCGUACACCUGAUGAAGGUGAUUCGAUUGAAGAGAUGGAGAUUGAUCCAGAAACAUCGGAUGAAGAUUUAGAUGAAAUUAUUCGGGAAUUAUUGAAUGAUUCUCCAUCAAAAAUACAAGAUCCAAAGAAGGAUAGAAUUAUUUUCAAAAUAAUGAAACGUACACCAAAAGAUCAGGAACCUACAGAAGAUGAACAGAUUGCGGAAUUUAAUAUUGAUCCAAAAUCACCGGAAAAAAUUGCUAAGGAUAUUAUUCCGAAAGCAAUUCAACCGUUAACAUUGAAACCAUCAAAAGAUCCACGAGAAAGAAUUGUUCUUCGUUUUAUUGUACGUCGUCCUGAUGGCAGUGAAUCGAUUGAAGAAUUAGUCAUUGAUCCACGUAUGACCGAUAAUGAUAUCGAGGGUGUUAUCCGUGAUAUUCUCAGACAAACACCAGGAAAACUUCGUGAUCCUCGGGAUAAACCAAUAUUGCGAGUAAUAAAUCGUCAACCACAACAAAACAAACAACAACCAAAAUCUCAGAUUGACGAUGAACAACAAAAAAUCACCAGACCAACAUCGAAACCAAUGAGUGAAACACAAAAACCAUCAAAAUCACGUAUGAACGACGAAGAAGAACCAGUUGGUGAUUUUGAAAUUGAUCCGCAAAAACCAGAGAAAGAUAUUGAUCAAAUUAUUAAGAAAAUAACAUCACGUGCACGUGAUCCAACAAAAAAAUUGAUUCUUCGUAUAAUACGUCAAAUUCCAGAUCGAUCAGAUUUGGUUGAAGAACAUUUAAUUCAAUCAGAAACUCCUGAAAGUGAUAUUGCCAAGAUUCUUGGUCAAUUACCAAAAAAAGUAACCGAUACACGUGAAAAAACAUUGAUAAAUUUCGUUUUAAAACCACGUGACAAUCAUCGUUCACCCGAUGAUCUGCCAUUAACACGUGAUCCAAAUGAUAAUGUUAUCAUACGUAUUGUGGUUCAAAAACCAAAUAAUGAACGUUCGAUUGAAGAAUUUCAAUUACCAACUGGCUCAUCGAAAAAAGAUAUUGAAAAUCUGAUCCGACAGGUGAAUCAAUCAACAACACCAAAAAUUAAAGAACCAAACACACAAAUCAUUACUCGGGUAGUGAAACAAACACCAGAUGGUCAAGAAUCGAUAAAAGAAUACCAUGUUGAUCAACGUACAGCACCCACUGAUAUUGAUGAAAUAAUUAGAAAAAAUAUUCGACCAAAACAACGGCGUAUAAUUACCAGGGUAGUGAUACGUAAACCAGAUGGCACUGAAACAGUGGAAGAAAUUGAAAUUGAUCCAGAUGAAGAAAAUAUCGACGAAGUUAUUCGCCGUAAACUUGGUGAAACAGCGUCAAAAAUUACUGGUCCUGCAAAAAUUUCCACUAGAUUGAUACGACAAAAACCAGAUGGUAGUGAAGAAGAAGAAGAAGAUCUGGAUCUAUAUCCAAAAGAUGAUGAAUCUGAUGACGAUAAUUACGAUAAUGAUGAACAAUUGGAAGAAUUUGAAAUUGAUCCAAAAUCACCAGAAAAAAUAAUCGAUAGUAUUGUUAAUCGAAUGUUGAGAUCAAAAGUUCCUGAUCGACGAUUAGUUAUUCGUUAUGUAAUUAUUCGACCAGAAGAAGGUGAAUUAAUUGAAGAAAUGAUUGUUGAUCCAAGAACAACAGAUGGUGAAAUCCGUGAAAUUAUUCAUGAGAUAUUGAUGGAAACACCAUCGAAAAUUAAAGAUCCACGAGAUCGUGUUGUAUUUCGAAUUAUUCAUCGUCCAUCGAAACAUGAGCAACAACAACAAACAGCGGAAGAUCAAGAUGAAACAAUUGGUGAAUUUGAAAUUAAUCCAAAAUUUCCAGAAACAAAUGCUGAUGAAAUAAUUCAUCGUGCAACAACAAGUCAACAACGUCAACCUAAAGAACAAAUCAUAAUUCGUUUUAUAAUCAUUCGUCCUGGAUUCGGGGAACAAAUUGAAGAACUUGAAAUUGAUCCACAAUUAGAUGACGAUAAUAUUGGUCAUAUAAUACGUGAUAUGUUACGACAAGCACCAGCGAAACUACGUGAUCCCCAGGACCGAAUUGUUUUUGCUAUCGUAAAACGAAAACGUAAACAAAAACAACAAAAAACACGUGAUAUUGAUGAUAUGAUUCGUCAAGCUAUACGUUCAUCAGUACCGAAACCAAGUUGUCGAUUGUCAACAACAGGUGCUGAAGAAACGAUUGGUGAAAUUGAAAUUAUUCCUGAAACAAGUCAACAAGCAAUCGGUGAUUUUGUUCGUCGUACUAUACAUUCACCUAAUUCACGAAUUGGUGAUUCAAAUAAUGUUCGUAUUAUCAUACGAAUUUUAUCACGAAAAUCAACAAUUGGUGAUGUUGAUGAUUUAAUUGAACAAUUCGAAAUGAGUCCAGCAUCAGGUGAAAAAGAUAUUGAUGCUGUUGUACGAAAAAUUUUAAGAACAAUUACAACAAGAUCACCAGAACCAAAUGAAAGAAUUAUAUUACGAAUUAUAAAACGUCGACAAGGUAGUCAAGAUUCAUUGGAUGAUGAACCAGAAUCAGCUACCGGUGAUGAUAUUGAUGAAAUUAUACGGAGAUCAUUGAAAACACAAACAUCAACUAUUCGUGAUCCAAGUGGUAAAAUUAUCACACGGGUUGUACGGUUAAAACCUGGUGGUGAAGAACCGGUGAAAGAAGUAGAAAUGGAUCCAAAAUGUACCGAGGGUGAUAUUGAUGAAAUCAUACGUGAAGCCAUUCAAACAAGUCGUAAUAAAUAUCCAAGUGGUAAAAUGAUCACACGGAUUAUUCGUAUGAAAUCUGGUGGUGAAGAAUCGAUUGAAGAAUUGGCUAUGGAUCCAGAAACGCCACAAGUUGAUCUAGAUGAUAUGAUACGUAAAGCUGUUCGUACAACAAUAUCAAGAAUUAAAGAUUCGAAUAGUAAAAUGAUUACACGAAUUGUACGGCUUAAACCUGGUGGUUCUGAAUCAAUUGAAGAAUUGGAAGUGGAUCCAGAACUGCAAGAAGAAGAAAACGGUGAUAAUAAUGAUAUUCGAGAAAAAAAUUGUCAACAUUUACCAUAUACAAAAAUCAUUACACGUAUAGUUAGACAAAAUGCCGAUGAUCGUGAAGAAAUCUUGGAAGAAUUUGAAACUAUACCGGAAUCUGCUGAUUCCGAUAUUGAUGAUGCAAUACGUGAAUCAAUAUUAUCGGCCACAUCAUUGAUACAGGAUCCAAAUACAAAAAUUAUUACACGUGUAAUUCGGUUGAAACCUUGUGGUGAAAAAUCCAUUGAAGAAUUUGAAAUGGAUCCUGAAUGUUCGGAUAUCGAUUCCGAUAUUGAUGAUGCUAUACGUAAAGCAAUACGUACACGAUCAUUGACGAUAAAAGAUUCAACUGGGAAAAUAAUAACACGUGUUGUGCGAAAAAAAUCUGACGGACAAGAAUCGAUUGAAGAUUUGGAUGAUGAACAACAGCAAUCAGCAAAAACAUAUGAACAGCCUGAAGGUAUUGGACAAUAUGUACGAAAAACUAUUCGUGAUACAAUUUCGCCAGUAAAAGAUAAAGCUGGAGAUUUAAUAUCUCGUGCAUUUAAACAACAACAACAUCAGAUGACGACGACUACAUUGACAACAACACAAACAGCUGGAAUAAAACAUCGACCAGCGACAAAAACAACAACAAAUGAAUCAUUUGGUUUUAUGCGUAAAACGUAUAGUUCAGCUGUGAAAGAACAACCUAGAGAUAUGAAAGGAAAAAGUCCACCAUUCCGUGCUGGAUUACCAACUCGUGACAUUCAUGGUAAUAUUAUUCCAUCGACAACAACAACAACAACAACAAGAAUUUCGAAACCAACAACCACACAUUCGAUUACUGCUGAAGCAAGACGCCCUGAACCACGAAAUACUAGUCUAUCAAUUCAGGAACGUGUUGGAAAUAAAUUUGGAAAGUUUGUCACACCAUCCUCAUCAUCGGCAUCAUCAUCAUCAUUAUCGUCACGAGAUUCACGUUCUAAAUCGAAAACACCACCCACGGCUGAUAAUCGACCACGAAUGACAUUCAGUUUGAGAUCAACACCUGAACGUGAAUCACAAACUGGACAAACGAAAAUUUCACGGCCAUCCAUUCAAAUAAAAAAAUCCAGCGAUUCAAAAGGAUUCAUUAAAGUAGAUGAACAGCAGCAACAUGGUACCCGUAUACCAGUGUUUACUAGUCCCGGUGGUGGUGGUGUUUUAAAAGAUUCCACAUCAUUAUCACCAAAAGCAAUACAACAGGAAAUUGGUAAUGAUUUCGAUAGCAGUAAUCCGAAAACAAGACGACGUAAUAAUCGUACAACGACGACGACGACGACAAAUAAACAACAAAAGAAAUAAAGAAUUUCGAUAAAAAUAAAUCAACGACGACGAUGAUGACAAAAAAUAAAAAACGCCUUUUUUCGGAUGACGACUAUAUAUCAUUGACGACGACGA